GCUACGUAACAUGGUAGAAAGUAUUUAUGCGGGUGAUUCGCCAAGGUCACGUUCUCCGAUGACAGAGCCAUCGAGUCCUCUUCAGGAUGGUCCCGGCAUUUCCGGUUACAAUCCACGUUAUCUGUACAAUUACUCGCCGGAGAGUUUGCAGCAGAAAUUGAAGACUUCGGAGACACAGCAUCACCUGUCCCCACGGAAUCAUGAAGAGCGCGAAAGGACUUUCUCCAGGAGCAGCAGGAGUCCCGUGAGUCCUGAGGGAACGAGAUACCGAGCACGUGAAGUGUCGAGACCUAGUUCAUCCGCAACGAUGUCCUCGCCAACUUCACUCUUCACAAUCGAUAGUAUCCUCGCACCCAGACCAGUUGGCAAUGUUACACCUACAAGUUCCAGUAGCAUCUCCAUGAUUCAGAAUCCUGAUAACAUUGGAUCACCUCCUAGAAGUACCGGAAUUCAUCCACUUCAACAACAGUUGCAUCACCUGGCCUUCACUUCUGCAGAUUUCCUGGCUGCAGCGUAUCCUGGUCUCUAUCCCGGUGGAUAUGUGGCAGCCAUGGCGGCUGCAGGUGUCUCGCUUCACGGUCAGCCGACCUUUUAUCACACGGGUCAUCCUUAUCACAUGAAUCCAAAUGCGCCAGGAGUCGGUCCUAUGGGAAAACGGAAACGUCGUCAUAGAACAAUAUUCACCGAAGAACAAUUGGAGCAGCUAGAGGCUACCUUUGAUAAGACCCAUUAUCCCGAUGUCCUACUCAGGGAACAACUGGCACUUCAGGUCGACCUCAAGGAGGAGAGAAUCGAGGUCUGGUUCAAGAAUAGGAGAGCAAAGUGGCGUAAACAAAAACGUGAGGAGCAGGAACGGCUACGAAAGUUACAACUAGAGCAGCGACAGCGCCCCGACGAGAACGUAGCGACGCCUCCUAUUAGAGUUGCUGGACACUUAACUUUAAACAGACCUCAACACGAACAGGAUACCGACAGUUCGGAUUUGGAAGUUGCGUAGUGUGAUUUUUAAGAAAAUAUUUAUAGUCGAUCUACAUAUGCAUUUUCUUGGGGCAUAGAGACAUUACUAUUUCCUUCAUGGAGACGGGAGCAACUUGAAUUCAUUUCUGACCUGAACCUAGAAAUCGUUUGACGUCAAUGAAUUUUGUACGUCCAUUAUUAUAAAUCUAUCAAUUGCAUUUGAUCUCCUUCUGUAAUGGAGAAUGUACAUACAAAUUAGGGUGUAAAUAUCCCUGUAAAUAACACUAAUUAUCAAUGUGUAUAAACGAAUAAAUUAUUGUGCGAAUAUUUAAUGGUCUUAAUUGUUUAAAUUGUCUAACCUCACGCGACAAGAUACAGUUUCUCCGAAUCUCCGUGGGUGAUUAUACUUUGAUAUUUUAUACCUUCUACAUUUUUUAAUCGAAUUAAUGAACUCGCGCCAAACAGAUAUUCGGCUACUCGAGCGCCCUCAUAGACCAAGUGCUUUGUACCGUCAAUUUCGGCGCUCGGCUAGAAACAAUCCCUCCCAUUUGUCUUUCAACCGUAGAACACGCAGCGGACUUACUAGACACAGUUUUUGGCUCGCCGCAAUGUGACUCGAUGUAACCGAAUGUUUUCGAAUUCACGCGAGCAUUUCGUAACGAGGAAAAAGAGUUUCACGUGACGCUUACUUACUCGGUCUGUAACAUCAAUGUUCAUGAGUAUUGCAACUAUUUUUGACGUUCGGCAGUGACCAGAAAGUUUCGGAACUGAUCGGGGAAUGAUGAGCUGCGCUGCGAUCAGCACGGUGUAACGUACCGAAGACAAUCGAAAUCCUCAUGAAACAAUUAGAGAAAGACUUUUGGGCGAACGUUAUUUGGUUUACAAGGAAACGGGUUACGUGACAAGCUCACGUGGCUCUUACCUUAUCGGCGACCGAGGAGAUACAUAAGUAUAAUUUUCCUGAAGCUAAUGAACAGAAAUUCUUUCAUUAAAAUCAAUGUAUGAACGGACACAUAAUAUGUAUCUAAGAGUACGCAAGAGGUUGUGAUCUCUGUCAAACUAAAAAGAUUACAGGCGAACAAGAGUAUUCUACGUACCGGACUUUUAAGAUAAAAUAAACGUGUGACGAUAACUAUAGCUUGAUAAUUUAGUAAAACGUCUAGUACUCAUCGACUCGCGUAAAGCAUUGGCUACUAGCGUGUAUAAAGUUAAGUGCUUUUAAAAAUGUAUAGAUACCUAACUGGUAGUAUAACUUUUCGAGUUUAUACUGUGUUACUUAUUGUAUCGUUAACUGUCUUGUGUUUUAUAAUUCUGAAAAAUAAUUUUAUAAAUGACAACUCUGCUUUAUAUAACCGUCAACCAAUGAGAGUAUUAAAUCCAGCAGACGGUGUUGAAAUAAUAUCAAAAAAUGAAGAUAUUACAUCACCGAGAAAUUUAAGCAAAAGAAUGAAAACGAUUCUGUAUUGGACGAUGAUGUUUAAAAGUAAAAAUUUUUAUUUCGGCGAUGGCGACAUUUUUCUUGAUUGUCCAAUCUUCUCCUGUCUUGGUACCAACGACAGGAACUAUCAGCCUGUCGAGAAUUUCGACGCUAUCUUGUUUCACGGACCGGAACUGAAUUACAAAGAUUUACCAAAAAAAAGGUCACCUCACCAAAGAUAUAUAUUCAUGAAUUCCGAAACGCAGAUAUAUCAUCCGAUACCGAAUCAUCCGACUUUUAAUAAUUUCUUCAACU